UUGACUGAAUCCCGCCCGCUGCCCGAAGCACCGCUGCGCAUCCUGCCCCUGGGCGGGUUGGGCGAGAUCGGCAAGAACAUGAUGGUGCUGGAGUGCGGGGAUGACAUCAUCAUCGUCGACUGUGGGAUCCAAUUCCCGACCGAGGACAUGCCGGGCGUCGACCUGAUCAUACCGGACGUGUCCUAUCUGGUGGCGCAGUCUCACCGGGUGCGCGGCAUCCUGAUUACGCACGGGCACGAAGACCACAUCGGCGGCUUGCCCCACGUGCUUCCGGACCUGGAUGUUCCGGUUUAUGCACCCAAGCUGGCGCAUGGGCUGAUCACGGUCAAGCUCAACGAAAGGCGACGGACCCGGGAUGCCGUGGUGCACGCGAUUGAACCGGAGGAGCCCGUCCAUAUUCCGGACGCCAUGGGCAUCUGCAUCGAGACUCCGUGGGGGAGUGUGAUACACACCGGCGAUUUCAAGAUCGACCACACGCCGGUGGACGGCCACACGAUAGAUCUGCCGGCGCUGGCCGAACGGGGGAAAAACGGCGUCCUGCUGCUGUUUUCGGACUCGACCUACGCCGAGUUGCCGGGAUACACGCCAUCCGAACAAAUCAUGACCGACGCCCUGGACCGGGCAGUCGGAGGCGCACCCGGCAGGGUGAUAAUCGCGACCUUCGCGUCGCUGAUCAGCCGGAUACAGCAGGUGAUCACGGCGGCAGAGAACCACGGACGCCACGUGGCGUUUGUGGGGAGGAGCAUGGUUGCCAACGUGCAGAUGGCCACCGAGAUGGGUUAUCUGGAUGCGUUGCCGGGCACCAUUGUUCCGGUGCGCGACGUGGCCGGGCUGCCUGCGGAAAGAGUCGUGUUGAUGACCACGGGAAGCCAGGGGGAGCCGACAUCGGCGCUGGUGCGGAUCGCCAAGGGCGAGAGCCGGGACGUUGUACUGAUGGAAGGCGACACCGUGGUUAUUUCGGCCACGCCGAUCCCCGGCAACGAGCGGGCGGUGAGCCAGACCAUCGAUAAUCUGCUGCGGCAAGGGGCACGGGUACUCUACGACCGCAUUGCGCCGGUCCACGUCCACGGGCACGCGAGCCAGGAGGAGUUGAAGCUGAUGCUCAACCUGACCCGGCCGCGGUACUUCGUGCCGGUGCAUGGGGAAUAUCGGCAUCUGCGGGCGCACGCGCAAUUGGCCUGGGAAUUGGGCGCAGCUCCGGACGGGAUAUUUGUGCUGGAGGACGGCGAGAUCCUGGAGAUCGACCAGGACGGGGCCGAGGUAGUCGGAUCGAUACCGGCCGGACCCAUCUAUCUGGAUGGACCCACGGUGAUGGACACGGAUAGCGUGGUGCUGCGGGAGCGACGAUCACUGGCAAGGGACGGGGUAGUGGUGGUUUGCGCGGGCGUCGACCAGGACGGGGAACUGACCGGCCAGGUCCAGGUGGCGGGGAGCGGUUUCAUGGAUCCCGGGGAUGCGAAGGACAUUUUCAAGCGCCUGCGGAGGCGGUGGAGAUGGGGGUUUCAGGCGAUCUGCCCGCCGACAACCUGGACCAAGCGCGCGCAAACAUCAGAAAAGUUGCCAGACAGUUCCUACGCAACGAUCUAA